AUGACUUUUCAACAACCAUCCGAAAGCAAUCACAACACAUCUUGGGCUGAAGCUAUUCCUGCCGCUCAAGGUUUAUAUAACCCUGAAUAUGAAAAAGACGCCUGUGGUGUUGGUUUCAUGGUUCAUGUAAAGGGCAAACGAUCUCAUAAAAUCCUGUCCGAAGCGAGCCACAUUCUUUGCAACAUGACUCACCGUGGUGCCAGUGGUGCCGAUAUCCGUGAUGGUGAUGGCGCUGGCGUCAUGACAAGCAUUCCUCAUCAAUUCUUCGUCAACGAAGUCUCUCGCGACUUGGGUAUCACCUUGCCCCAAGAAGGCCGUUAUGCCGUCGGUAAUUUAUUCAUGAAGGGCGACCCUGACGCCAUAGCAGAAAGUAAAAAGGUCUUUGAGCAAUUGGCUGCCUCUUUACACCUCUCCGUCUUGGGUUGGCGUUCUGUACCUCGUGAUUCUACUAUCAUCGGCCCUGCUGCCCGAUCCAAAGAACCUGCCAUUGAACAGCCUUUUGUCGUCCUGGCCGAUCCACAACAAGGCAAUCAUCACGAGGCCGCCUUUGAUGAGCCUUAUUUUGAACGUCAACUGUAUGUGUUACGUAAACAUGCUACUCAUACGCUUACCAUGAAAAAAUGGUUCUAUAUUUGUUCUUUGUCCAAUAAGAACAUCGUUUACAAAGGUCAAUUGACUCCUAAGCAAGUGUAUGCCUAUUUCCACGAUUUAAAUAAUGUUCAAUAUACAACUCAUUUUGCCCUUGUUCAUUCGCGUUUCUCUACCAACACUUUUCCUUCUUGGGAUCGAGCACAACCUAUGCGUUGGUGUGCUCACAAUGGUAAAAAAACAUUAAAAAUUCCUUGUGAAAUCAACACGGUUCGUGGUAACAAAAAUUGGAUGCGUUCCAGAGAGGGCGUCAUGUCCUCUGACACAUUCGGCGACGAACUUGAUCUACUCUACCCUAUCAUUGAAGAAGGAGGCUCUGAUUCGGCUGCUUUCGAUAACGUACUCGAAUUAUUGGUCAUCAACGGCGUCUUGACACUGCCCGAAGCUGUCAUGGUGAUGAUUCCUGAAGCCUGGCAAAACAACGAAGCGAUGAGUCCCGAACUCAAGGCCUUUUAUCAAUGGGCGUCUUGUCUCAUGGAACCUUGGGAUGGCCCCGCCCUUUUCACUUUCUCCGAUGGUCGUUACUGUGGCGCCUGUUUGGAUCGUAACGGUCUUCGUCCUUGUCGCUACUAUGUUACCUCGGACGACAUCAUGAUUUGUGCUUCCGAAGUAGGUACCGUCUUUGUCGACCCCGAAACCGUCGUUGAAAAAGGCCGUUUGAAGCCUGGACGUAUGUUACUGGUCGAUACGGUCGAAGGCAGGAUUGUCGAUGAUAAGCAACUCAAAUUACAAACCGCUACCAAACAUCCUUUCACAGAAUGGAUCAAGCAACAGACGAUCGUGCUCAACGACAUUGUCGAAAAAGCAAAUGCCGUCAAGCCCUAUCAUCCUCAUUUGGAUGACACCCCCGUCAGAGCCGACCCUCGCUUAAAGGCUUUUGGCUAUACCUUGGAACAAAUGAACUUGAUUAUGCUCCCUAUGGCCUCUACCGGGAAGGAGCCUUUGGGCUCGAUGGGUAAUGAUACAGCUUUGGCUUGUCUCGCCGAACAACCACGUUUGAUUUACGAAUACUUCCGGGAACUCUUUGCUCAAGUCACCAAUCCACCCAUCGAUCCUAUUCGUGAAGAAAUUGUCAUGUCCUUACACUGUCAUGUGGGUCCGGCUGGCAAUAUUCUGGAAAUCAACGAUACACAAUGCCAUCAGCUCGCUCUGACAUCGCCCAUUGUGUCCCUGGAAGAACUGGCCGCCAUCAAGAACAUGCACCAGUUCUAUCCCCGUUGGAAAGUAGCGACGAUUGACAUCACGUUUGCAAAGACGGAAGGCGUCCAAGGCUACAUCACCACGUUGGAGCGCAUUUGCUCAGAGGUAUCCGCUGCUAUCGAGCAAGGCGAUAAGAUCGUCGUUCUGUCCGAUCGUGCUGUCAGCGCGGAUCGAGUGGCCAUGUCUUCUUUGAUGGCUGCUGGUGGUGUACAUCAUUAUUUGGUUCGUAACAAGCAGCGUAGUCGCAUUGCCUUGAUGGUGGAAACAGCGGAAGCGCGUGAAGUCCAUCACUUCUGCGUCUUGCUCGGUUAUGGUGUCGAUGCUAUCUGUCCCUAUCUUAUCAUGGAAGCCAUCUUGAAAUUGCAACGUGAACAUGCUGUCCCUCACGGUCUGCACCCUGACCACUUGAUCUCCAAUUACAAAAAGGCCGUCGAUAAUGGCAUUCACAAGGUCAUGUCAAAGAUGGGUAUUUCUACCUUGGCCUCCUACAAGGGCGCUCAAAUCUUUGAAGCCCUGGGUAUCGACGAUUCUGUCAUCUCUCGUUGCUUCUCUGGCACUGCCUCUCGUAUCAAGGGUGUUACUUUGGAUAUCUUUGCUUUAGAUGCCUUGACGUUACAUGAGACAGCCUACCCCACCCGUAACACGGUGCAACCUGUCUCCUUACCCGAAUCGGGAGAAUACCACUGGCGCCAGGGAGGCGCCCCUCAUAUUACGGAGCCUACCAGCGUGGCUCAUCUUCAAGACGCUGUGCGUCAAAAAAACCAAUCGUCGUACGACGCUUAUUCCCGUCAUGCGUAUGAAGCCAUCAAAAAAUGUACGCUACGUGGCAUGCUGGCCUUUGACUUUGAAAACUCCAAGCCUAUCCCUCUGGAGCAUGUGGAAAGCUGGGAUAAGAUUGUCAAACGUUUUGUCACAGGUGCCAUGUCGUAUGGUUCCAUCUCGAUGGAGGCGCAUUCCUCUUUAGCCAUUGCCAUGAAUCGUUUAGGCGGUAAAUCGAAUACGGGUGAAGGCGGUGAGAAGCCUGAACGUUCCGUUCCUUUCCCUAAUGGUGAUUCGAUGCGUUCUGCCAUCAAACAAGUCGCCAGUGGCCGUUUCGGUGUCACUUCUUUCUAUCUCUCGGAUUCCGAUGAGCUUCAAAUCAAGAUGGCGCAAGGGGCGAAACCUGGAGAAGGAGGUGAACUCGCCGGCACCAAGGUGUCGGAAGAAAUCGCCUCGACACGUAAAACAACGCCCGGCAUUGGCUUGAUUUCGCCUCCACCUCACCAUGACAUCUAUUCUAUCGAAGACUUGAAGCAGUUGAUUUACGAUUUGAAGUGUGCGAACCCUCGUUCUCGCGUCUCUGUCAAGUUGGUGUCGGAGGUUGGCGUAGGUAUCGUCGCUGCUGGUGUGGCUAAAGCGAAAGCGGAUCAUAUCUUGAUCUCAGGUCAUGAUGGUGGCACCGGUGCUUCUCGCUGGACCGGUAUCAAAUACGCCGGCCUGCCCUGGGAAUUGGGUUUGGCGGAAACGCAUCAAACGCUUGUCUUGAAUGAUCUACGAGGUCGUGUGAUUGUGCAGACAGAUGGUCAAAUGAAGACAGGCCGUGAUAUUGCUAUUGCUUGUUUGUUGGGUGCUGAAGAAUGGGGCUUUGCUACUACGCCUUUGAUUGCACUGGGUUGUACCAUGAUGAGAAAGUGUCACCUGAACACGUGUCCUGUAGGUAUUGCUACGCAAGACCCUGAAUUGCGUAAAAAAUUCCAAGGCUCUCCUGAACAUGUCGUCAACUUUUUCUAUUAUCUCGCUGAAGAAUUGCGUGGCAUCAUGGCCAAGCUUGGUUUCCGUACCAUCAACGAAAUGGUAGGUCAUGCUGAAAAGCUCAAGGUCGACGAUUCACUACGUACUUUCAAGACGGCCAAUUUGGAUUUGUCCCCCAUUUUGACACCUGCCUCUUCUCUCCGUCCAGGCGUUUCCAGCGUCUGUGUUAGCAAACAAAAGCACAAUCUUCAUGUCCGCCUUGACAAUUACUUUAUUGAGGAAGCGGAAGCGGCUCUUACCCAUAAGGAGAAGGUCCAGAUAGAAGCCGAUGUCGUGAACACGGAUCGUGCUUUAGGUACCACCUUGUCCUACCACGUCUCGAAGCGUCACGGCGAACAGGGUCUUCCUUUUGAUACGAUUCAUGCCAAGCUUCGUGGUUCUGCCGGUCAAUCUCUCGGUGCCUUCUUGGCUCCGGGUAUCUUUUUUGAGCUUGAAGGGGAUGCGAACGAUUAUGUCGGUAAGGGUCUUUCCGGUGGUCUGUUGGCCAUCUAUCCUCCUCGAAACUCAGCUUUCAAAUCAGAAGACAAUGUCAUUGUGGGUAAUGUGUGUUUGUACGGCGCUACCAGUGGUAAGGCCUUCUUCCGUGGUAUUGCCGCUGAGCGUUUCUGCGUGCGUAACUCGGGUGCUUCUGCUGUGUGCGAAGGCGUGGGUGAUCACGGCUGUGAAUACAUGACGGGCGGUCGUGCUGUCAUCCUAGGCACGACCGGGCGUAAUUUUGCUGCUGGUAUGUCAGGCGGUAUCGCUUAUGUCUUGAAUUUGCAAGACAACAGCGAGUUCAAGAAGAACGUGAAUAUGGAAAUGGUUGAGUUGAGUACCGUCAACGAUGAUGAACGUGUGGCUGAAUUGCGUGAUUUAAUUGAAGACCAUCGUCAGUAUACACAGUCUGACAUUGCCGAUCGAAUCCUCAAAAACUUUAAUGAAUACUUGCCUAAAUUUGUCAUGGUCAUGCCUACCGAAUACCGUCUCCUGUUGGAGAAACAGCGUGCUGAAAAAAUGACUGCUGAUGUAAAGGCGACGGCUAUUGCUGAAGAAGAAGAAGAACAAGAACAAAAACAAAAACAGAAGGCUGCAGCUUGUGAAAAGGCCAAGAUGAAAAUGGAAGCUCCCAUUGAAGAUGUCGAAGAUAGUGUGCUUGGCGAGGAGGCUAUUCUGGCUCGUCGCGCUCGAUUGGAUAAAGUGCGUGGUUUUAUAAAGUACAAGCGUAGAACGGAUGGCUAUCGCAAUGUCAAGAAGCGUAUCGGCGACUGGGAUGAGAUCAACAUGCGUUUGACACGUUCUCAGUUGCAUGAACAAGGUGCUCGUUGUAUGGAUUGCGGUAUACCCUUCUGCCAAUCAGAUACAGGUUGUCCGAUCGGUAAUAUUAUUCCCAAGUGGAACGAAUUGGUGUAUAAGGAUAACUGGAAGGAAGCACUGGAUCGUCUGUUGAUGACCAAUAACUUUCCCGAAUUCACGGGUCGUGUCUGUCCCGCACCUUGCGAAUCAAGCUGUACACUGGGUAUCAACGAGCCUCCUGUUGCCAUCAAGAGCAUUGAAUGUGCUAUUAUUGAUAGAGGAUUUGAAGAAGGAUGGAUGGUACCUAAACCGCCUGCUACGCGCUCUGGUAAAAAAGUGGCCAUUAUCGGCUCUGGUCCCGCCGGUUUAGCUGCUGCGGAUCAGCUCAACAAGGCGGGUCAUUGGGUGACCGUCUACGACCGAAACGACCGCAUCGGAGGUCUCUUAAUGUAUGGUAUUCCCAACAUGAAAUUAGACAAGAAGAUUGUUCAACGCCGUAUCGACCUUAUGGCUGCUGAAGGUAUCCAAUUCGUUCCUAAUGCUCAUGUCGGUGUGGACGUGGAUGCCAACGCUAUUCGCCGCGAAAAUGAUGCUCUCAUUAUUGCUACUGGAGCCACUUGGCCUCGUGAUCUCAACAUCCCUGGCCGUGAAGCGAACGGUAUUCACUUUGCUAUGGAAUUCCUUCAAGCCAACACCAAGAGUCUUUUGGACUCUGGCCUUAAGGAUGGUCAUUAUCUUUCUGCAAAAGACAAGCAUGUGAUUGUCAUUGGUGGUGGUGAUACUGGUAAUGAUUGUAUCGGUACUUCUCUCCGUCAUGGUUGUAAAUCUGUUGUCAACUUUGAACUAUUGCCUCAACCUCCUGAAAGUAGAGCCAACGACAACCCAUGGCCUCAGUAUGCCCGUAUCUUCCGUGUUGAUUAUGGUCAUGACGAAGUCAAGUCUCAUUUUGGUACGGAUCCUCGUGAAUAUUGUGUCCUGUCCAAGGAAUUCAUUGUCGACGAACAUAACCAAGUGAAAGGAAUCAAGACGGUCCGUGUGGAAUGGACAAAAGACGAAUCAGGUCGCUGGGUCAUGAAAGAAAUCGCUGGUUCCGAACAAACCUUCGAGGCUGAUCUUGUCCUUUUAUCGAUGGGCUUCUUGGGCCCUGAAAAUGCUAUCAUUAAACAAAUGGAAGUGAAGCAAGACGGACGCUCUAACAUUGAAACCGCCAAGGGUCAAUAUGCUACUUCUGUUGCUGGCGUUUAUGCUGCUGGUGAUUGCCGUCGUGGACAAUCUUUGGUUGUUUGGGGCCUCAACGAAGGUCGUAUGUGUGCCCGUGAAGUAGAUAUUGCUCUCACUGGCAAUACCUACCUACCCGUCACCGGCGGUAUUCAACAACGUGUAUUGCCUCAAAUGACCGAAAUCUCUGAAGUGGCCGCCGCUUAAUCGUAGCAUUUCACUUAUUAUCCAACAUGUAUAUCUAACAUUGUACAAAAAAAAUACGAUCGCCUUUACAUAUCUUAUUAGAUUCUCAUUAUAUAUCACUACUGUUAUAGUUUGAAUCUCGCACUUUUUUUUCUACUUUUGUCAUCUAUGGAGGUAUACGACAAGAAAAAGUUAAAAAAGCGUUCCCGACGGUUCAACAAGUGUUCUUUUAUAGACAUUACUUCUGCUCUCAAAUUUCUUCAUCCGACCUAUACAUAUCGCACAUUGGAUGUUCUUAACCAUCCAAUUGUUAUCUUAACGCCUCAUACAUCUUUGAUGAUAAUAAUAAACGUAU